AUGAAACCACCUAACGAUGCUGAGCCGGUGGAAACUGACGGUGGAGCUACUACCGACCUUCAGCCGCAUCCGCCACCUGAGAAUAUUUGUAUGAAUAUCAGCCAUGACGGAAGGUAUAUACAAUACAACUUUUCCGGCAAUAUCUUCGAAGUCACGGCAAAGUAUAAACCACUGAUCAUGCUUCUUGGCAGAGGUGGUGGUGGCAUCGUUUGUUCCGGUAUAAACUCGGAGACCAAUGAGAGGGUAGCAAUAAAGAAAAUCAUGCAUGCAUGUAGAGACCAAAUCAUUGCAAAGAGAACUCUCCGUGAAAUCAAGCGUCUUCGUCACUUAGAGCAUGAAAACAUUGUAGGAAUCAAAGACAUAGUGUUGCCUCCUCAGAGAGAUGCUUUUGAAGAUGUUUACAUUGCUUAUGAAUUGAUGGACACUGACCUUGAUAAACUCAUAAAGUCCAAUCAAGAACUAACCAAAUAUCAUCACCAGUUUUACAUGUAUCAACUCCUGCGUGGAUUAAAAUACAUUCAUUCAGCCAAUGUGUUACAUAGAGAUUUAAAACCGGGCAAUAUCCUCUUGAAUGCGAACAGUGAAUUAAAGAUCUGUGAUUUCGGGCUUUCUCGUGUUGCUUCAGACGCAAUGACUCAGUAUGUUGGCACAAAAUGGUACCGUGCACCAGAGCGUCUCUUGAGCUCUUCUGCUUAUACCUCAGCUAUAGAUGUUUGGUCUGUUGGCUGUAUUUUCUUGGAGAUGAUGACUCGCACACCGCUCUUCCCUGGAAGAGAUCGUUCUGAUCAGCUUCGUUCGAUUCUAGAGUUCUUAGGCUCUCCAACAGAGGAUGACAUUGGAUCGUUGAAUGAAAGUGGUAAGCAAUGCUUAAAGAUGCUUCCUUGGUUUGAUCGCCAGUCUUUCUUUGUAAAGUUCCCAGACGUUCCUUUCUUAGCUGUUCUGUUGUUGGAGAAGAUGCUCAAGUUUGACCCUAGAAAGAGAAUCUCAGUUGAGGAUGCACUUGCUGAUCCAUAUUUCAAAACGAUGCACAACAUUAACAAUGAACCAGUGUGCACGAAGCUCUUUGACUUUGAUUUAGAGGAACAUCCAGUCACAGCGGAGCAGAUUAAGGAGUUGAUCUACCAUGAAGCCCUAGCUUUCAACCCUGAACCCCUAGCUUUCAACCCUGAACCAGCAACAGUUGAAAAAGACCAAUGACUUGGCUUGAAAGCAACUCAUAAAACAGUCAUCAUUGUGUCUUCUCAACUCUAUCA